AUGGAUGGUGCCUGCACAAAUGUCACCGACGCCGCACGUUUGGUGCGGCUGCUCAAGGUCCAAGGCUUCAGCGCCACGGAGUGCAUGAAGAGGAUCGGUGGUCCAGACAGGUACAUUCCAUCCAGAUGGACCGUCGAUGGGUACGAGUGGGAAGUCCGUAUCCAUCCUGCUUCGAAGCGAGGCACGGACAGCACCAACCUUUGGGUGUCACUAUUGCUUUCUUUGUGCAGUAGACCCCGUGAAUCCAGCGUGGAAGCGAGCCUAGCCUGUCGGCUGGUACAUCCCAGCCGGAUCCUUGAAACAUUUCAAGAGGGUAGUGCGGCAGGAACCUUCUCUUACGCCGGUGAAUGCUGGCAUCGCGUGUUUCUCAGGCGUAGAGAUGAUUUGGAAGGUUAUCUCAAGGAUGAUACUUUGACCAUACAGUGCGCCAUCGCAGUACUCAGGCCCUUACCGGUACCAAGGAUCCCAGCUGAAGAGGUUCCCGUGCCAUCCUCCAACCUGCACCAGCACCUCGGCGAUAUCCUGCAGAGCAAGAUGGGAUCGGAUGUGACGUUUCUCAUAUGCAACGAGUCGUUUCGUGCCCACAAGAGCAUACUCGCCGCCAGGUCUCCUGUUUUCAAUGCCCAGUUCUUUGGAGAAAUGAAAGAGAAGAGCUCGCGGCAUGUGGUGAUCAUGGACAUGGAACCGGAAGCAUUCAGAGCCAUGAUCCAUUUCAUCUACACGGACACGGUCCCUGAAUUGGAAAAGCAGGAGGAGGUGUCGACGGCGAUGGCUCAGCAUCUGCUCGCAGCCGCUGACAGGUAUGGAGUGGACAGGCUCAAGCUGAUAUGCGAGGCCAAGCUCUCUCGUGGUAUCACUGUGGACACGGCAGGGACAACUCUGGCCUUAGCCCAGCAACACAAUUGUUCACAGCUCAAGACCAAGUGUGUCAAGUUCAUCGUCAGCACUCCUGAAGUUCUUGACGCUGUCCUGGCAACUGAAGGGUAUAAGCACCUGGAGGCAAGCUGCCCUUUGGUGCUAACUGAGCUUCUCAAGUCUGCCCAUGGGAGGAAUGCAGAAGCGUAG